CUCUCCGCCGCGCUCUGAGCUCUCGCCUCCUGCCCGGGGUUACCCCUUGCUCGGGGCUCCCAGAUGUCAGGCUCGGUGCUCAACCACUCCUGGCCGUCGUUCUCGAAGCGCUGGAAGAAGAGGUGGUCCUUUAAGAGAGGGUCUGACUGCAAGCCAUGCUUACGGGAAUUCACUGACCGCAGCACCCCUCCUUUGGAGAGUCACAGCCCCAAAAGCUUCCUCCCCUCCCUGACUGCCGAGGAUGACACCUUCUGCACCAGCAUGGCUGAAGAAAAGGAGGACUCCUCUUCCACAGAGCUGGAUGUCCCCGCAGCGGACUCGCACAGCAGCACUGAGGACCUGCUCUCAGACUCAGCGCUCCAUGGCACGGAGUAUUACAGAGACCUGGGGCUCCUGAGCCCGCCGAUCGCCAGCACAGCACCAGCAGCACAGCCAGAACAAGCAACCCGGGCUCUGCCUGCCCUCAGCCUCCUGGAAGAGGGACCAGUGGCCGUGGAUGUUGCUUUUUCCAACCCCGUGUCGUGCUCCGUGCGUUACGGUGAGGCUGACUGCCGCUUUCUCCACAAAGGCCACCUCUGGCCCUGUGCAGCGCUGCCAGAAGAUGGUCCCAGCACUUCGCAGGGUCCUGCAGAGCCAGACAAGGAGCUGGAGCUGCAGGAGGCCGAGGAAUCCUUCCCCACGCUGGUGAGAUCCAUGUCGACCUCUCGGAGGCACAGCUGGGAGAGCCCUGUAUCACCAGUGGACUGCAAGCGCAGGUUCAGCCUGGAUGCCACAGAGAUGGGCAGUGACGCAGAGCAGGAGGACAUGGAGAAGGGGACCCCGUCCUGCCCGCAGCCUCGCGUGUCCCUUCAGCCGCCCAAAGGGGAACUGGAAGCCUGGAGCAGCAGCAGGGGUAGCACGGUGAUCAAAGUGGAGAUAGAACCACUGCACCUGAGCCCCACGGCCAGCCCUGGCUUGGAGGAGGUGGAAUGCGGCAGCAGCAGGAAGAGACUGAGGUCAAAGUCUGUCCCAUCAGCCGCUGAGGCGGCUGUCUCCCUGCAGACACCUCGCAGCCUCAACCCUCCUCUUCCAGCUGCGGAAGCUGUUCAGCCCCCUGCCCUGGAGAUGCUGGAGAAGGACCACGUGUCCCCAGACCAUGUGCUAAUUGUCCAGCAGGUACUUCAGGAGCUGAAAUAUUACCAUGGGGCGAAGCAGAGGGCGCACGUGCGAGAAGGCAGCGAUUCCUCCCAGCAGAACCUCACCUGGUUUGAGUUCCUGUCUAAUGAGAAUGAGGACAGUGGAAAGAGCGAUAAAGCAGAGAAAGGCACGAAGGUGAUGCGACGCCUGAGUUCCCUGCGGAGCCGAGUCACUGGGUCCUGGCAAAAGGAGAAGGGUAAGAACAAAGAGCAGCCAAAAGACAGAGAGAAGGAGAAAGAGCCAAAGGAGCCGAAAGAAAGGUGGAAAGAGAUCAAUAGGCACCAGCUCGUGCCAGGGGUCUUCUCCAGCUGCACCAGCUGCUCUCUGUGUGCCAAACCCCUUGUGAAUAAAAGUGCUCUGCAGUGCCUGAAUUGUGCAGUGAAUGUCCAUAAGAACUGCAAGAGUUUACUGGCUGAAUGCAGCAACAUCAGACCCAAGCAGAGAGAUUUGCAGCACAGACCUUCUGGAUCUCCACAAAGUUCGCCCCAGUGCAUUUCCCCAGCCACUUCUUUGAAGGAACAGCCCCGGAGCCUUCUCCUGGGACCUGAUGGCACCCCAGUCCUAUCGCGGAAUCUCGGCAUGACUAUCGCCCAAAGAGGAAAUUCUCAGUCUUCCCUGAAUACUGCUGGAGCUGUCAGUAAAUUUGGACUGAUUUCAGGAGACAUGGAUGAAGGGGAUUCAAGCUUUAUCAAAUUUAAGCAGACUUCAGAUGACGUUGUCUCACUUGCACCUUCAACAGCAGACACCAUUUUUCUGGAAGAUGCAUAUUCUGUAUCCCUCCGAAGUGAAAUAGAAACAGACGCUCAUGAGUUUGAGGCAGAGUCUUGGAGUGUUGCAGUGGAACAGUCUUAUGCAAAAAGGCAAAGGCCAGACGUUAAAAACAGGCAAGAUGUCAUUUAUGAACUAAUGCAGACUGAAAUGCACCAUGUUAGGACACUGAAAAUAAUGCUGAAGGUAUACUCGAGAGCCAUGAGAGAGGAACUGCAGUUCCCAAAUGCAGUUAUCAACAAGCUCUUCCCCUGUGUGGAUGAGCUGCUGGAGAUGCAUGGGCAAUUUCUGCUCCAGUUGAAGGAGAGACGGAAGGAAUCCUUAGAAGAAGGCAGUGACCGAAAUUAUCUAAUCCAGAACAUUGGAGACCUCUUGGUAAAACAGUUUUCAGGUGAAAAUGGGGAGAGAAUGAAGGAAAAAUACGGUGUGUUCUGUUCUGGACACAAUGAAGCUGUUAGUCACUAUAAAGACCUGCUCCAGAGCAAUAAGAAGUUCCAAACCUUAAUAAAGAAAAUUGGGAACUCUUCCAUUGUGAGGAGACUUGGUGUUCAGGAGUGUAUCCUUCUGGUAACCCAGCGCCUCACCAAAUACCCAGUCUUGGUGGAACGCAUUAUUCAGAAUACAGAAGCUGGAACUAGAGAUUAUGAAGAGCUGACCCAGGCCCUUAGUUUAAUUAAGGACACAAUCACUCAUGUAGAUGCCACAGUAAAUGAGUGUGAGAAGGGGCAGCGCCUUAAAGAGAUUAUGCAUAAAAUGGAGCUAAAAUCAUCAGGGAAAUGCAAGAAUGGGCUUUUCUUCCGGAAAGAUGACAUGGGACAGAGGCGGCUUCUGCUCGAUGGGAUGCUGUACUGGAAAGCUGCAUCAGGGAGACUCAAAGAUAUUCUGGCAGUCCUGUUAACUGAUGUAUUGCUGCUCUUACAAGAAAAGGACCAAAAAUACACAUUUGCAUCAGUGGACUCUAAACCGCCAGUUAUCUCGCUGCAAAAGUUAAUUGUAAGAGAGGUAGCGAAUGAGGAGAAGGCCAUGUUCUUAAUUAGUGCUUCCUUAAAAGGACCAGAAAUGUAUGAAAUCCACACAAGCUCGAAAGAGGAGAGGAAUUCCUGGAUGGCACACAUCCGCAGAGCUGUAGAAAGCUGUCCUGAUGAAGAAGGAGGAACAUUUAAUGAACCUGAAGCAGAGAGGAGGCUGGCUGAAGCCAGAGCUGCUAAGUUAAAAGAUUUUCAAGAGCGUUUGAACAUGAAGGAUGACCUGAUUAUGCAAAGCCUAACUGAGAAGCAACAGAUAUAUCUAGAAAUGUCUGAAAUGAUUGGGUUUGAAGACCAUUCCCAAGGAUCUCGAUCUAGGCUACUGCUUCGGGGGGAUAUCCCAGAAAAUCUGCAAGGAGAAGCAAUUUUGAAGUCAGCUGUGACAGAAGCUGAAAAUCUCCAGAACCUUAUCCUCACUCACUUAGGCAGUGGAUCCUGUCAGCCUGAGGAUGGCUCUGGGUUAGGACUCCCCAGGAGAGCAGAGACCUUUGGCGGAUAUGACAGUAGUCCCUCAAUCUCAACUAAAAGUGGUAAUUUUAGGAAGAACAGUGGUGGUGACCAGAGGCAGUGGGACUGGAGAGGCCCUGCAGUAAGCUCAGAUGUGCAACUCCAUGACCUCCCUUCUGAUGCAGAAGAAGCAUCUCAAGCUAGUGAUGUGACAAGGCUGGAUGACAGCAGUGGCUUUCAGCCCACCAUAGAGUCUCAGCUUGUCCAAAGGAUACAAACACUGUUACAGCUGCUCUUCAGUCUUCAGGCAGUGAUAUCUCAGCAGGACAGCUACAUUGAGAUGCAGCGAGCCACCAUGGUAGACAGGGAGAAGCAAUAUCGGCUGCAGUCUACGCGAGGCAAUCUCCUGCUAGAGCAGGAGAAACAGCGGAACUUUGAAAAGCAGAGGGAAGAGCUGAUGAAUGUCCAGAAGCUUCAGAGCCAGCUGAAGCUGGAGCAGCAGCGCCUGGAGCGCGAAAGGAGUCGGCAGCAGAGGGAAUUUGAAAGCAAAGAAGCUCGGCUGCAGGAAAGUGAAGAGGGGACUCGGCAGCUGAGGGAGAAGGUGAAUCAGGAGAGAGAAGAGCUCGAGAGGCUGCGAGAGGCCUAUCAGCAUGACCUCGAGAGACUGCGGGAAGCUCAGAGGGCAGUUGAGAAGGAAAAGGAGCGUCUAGAUCAGCAAAGGAAGCUGAAGAAGCAGAACACGGUGUCAGGCACGUUCUCCCCAGAAAUGGGACAGAGCCAGAUGCUAAGUCAUUCUGUUAGCUUCAACGGAGAAGGGGUGGAACCAUCUGCCCCCCCCUUCAAAACCUCUGUGAGAGUGAGCGUCUCCGGGAUGGAUUACCUGGAACGGCCGGACUUGGUUCGCAGGGACAGCACCACGCUGGAGAAUCGCCCUGUUCUUGCACUGAAGAAUGAAGUGCCAAUACAUCUCCUGAGCGCAACUAAUCAGAUACAGAAACCAGCUGCAGUCCAGCAGCAGAUUCCUACCAAGCUGGCCACUUUUACAAAAGGAAGCAAAGAGAAAGGGGGGAAGAGCAAAGCAUCUCAUAGGACAGACAGUUCAGCAUCCACUGAUCAGAAGCAGCUGCUUCCCCCCAGGCUUGUUGGGCGAGAUGAGGGUGUCCUGAGAGGCAGACGGUCAGCAAGUCCAGUACUCCCGAGCAGCCAGGCCACUGCAUUGCAGCCAGAAUUUUAUGGCCCUACAGAUGCUCAGCCAGAAGCACUUUCAUCUGCCUCAGCGAACCUAUUCAAGCCCAGUAACAUUCCUGUUCAGACCCUGGUGACCUCUCAGCCGAGUCUGUUAAACGUGCAAGAUGAUACCAGCAAAGAAGAUGUAAUUUUCUUCUAAUUGUUUCCAUUUAAAGAUUGAUCUUCUGACAUAACUGUUUCAAGAACUCAGGCCCCAGCGUGCACCGUGACAGAGACCUGACAUGGAAGUCUUUUCAUCCCUACCCCGUUACUACUAGCAAGGACCAGACCAGGAUUACUGUUCUACUUUGUUGGCUUCUCUGCCAGCAGCUCAGAAUGAGGGCACAGUGGUAAUAAUUGGCUUUUAAAUUCUCCAGACAUGGAAAUGUAUUGACACAUGGCAUGGGUGUAUAAAUUUCAGAGCCUAUUAAAACACUGGCAUGUAUUGUAACGUG